AUGGCUUCCAGAGCAAAGAGACAGAAUGGUCAGUUACUGAGUUAUAUCUAAGCUUACAUUUUCAGUGCAUUGUUUAUAGUUUUCUCACAUUGUAUUUAUAGGCCUAGUCAUCAAUAGUAAUAUGUUAUGUUGAUUCUAGCUAAAAUAUUGGUCAUAUAUUGGAAAUUUGGUCAUACUGUAAUGCCUAAAUUCAAGUGUGUUAUAUUUUAUAAAACAUGCCCUCUUCUCUCUAGUAGGGGACCAGCGUAGUCUCCCUGAGCUGAGAAUCAUCCUCCUGGGGAGGGAUUGGCUGGAGAAGAGUCAAACAGGAAACACCAUCCUGGACAGGAAGCUGUUUGACACCAGGAGGGACGUGGAGAUGUGUGUGAGGAGACAGAGUCUAGUGAACGGCCGGCAGGUCACUGUGGUCAACACACCAGACAGAUGCAUCCAGUACUCCGUGCAGGACCCUCUCCUUGUCCACCGUAACAUAGAAGCCAGUAUGUCCAUGUGUCAACCAGGUCCCCAUGUCUUCCUCAUGGUCAUCCCUUUGAACCCACGCAAAGGCAGGGAAUGGACAGUAGAGGGCCCCCUCAAGCUUUUAAACCACACAGUCUGGAGACACAUUAUGGUAGUGUUUACCAGAUGUGAGAAACUCAGGGGAAUGUCACUAGAGGAUCACAUAGCGAGACAUGGGUUUCUCCAGGAGAUGGUGGGGAAGUGUGGGCAUAGGUACCAUGCUUUAAACACUAAGGCCAACACAUGGUGCGAUGAUGUCACUCAGGUCCCAGAGCUGCUGAGGAAGAUAGAUAAAAUGGUGGCAGGUGAUCCUGGUUAUGUUGUCAUGAAUGAGAGGUUUUCAAUGGCAAUUGAAGUUAAGAGGACGGCAGAGGAUGAGAGGGCGAGCCUGAGACGGAUGAAGGUUCAGAGACAGAGGGAAACACUCAGAUCUCUGCUCAGGGGUGAGGAUCAAAAAAAUUCUAAAUAUAUAUAUAUAUUUUUUUUACCUAAUGAUUUCCCCCAAACCUUUACCCUUAUAUUUUAAUUGGUUCGGUGCGAUAUAUGAAAUCAUGGAAAUAGAUUAUGUUAUCUAAAAUAAAUAUCUCCCAUUCAGGUAAGUCCCACCAACUAUCUGAAGCUGAGCAGAGAAUCAUCAUAGUGGGACCGCGAUGGGUUGGGAAGAGCUCAUCUGGAAAUAGCAUCUUGGGUAAGGAAAACUUUGAGGCUGGACACACGACUUCUCACAGUGUGAAGAGACAGGGUGACAUCGCCGUAAGGCAAGUCACAGUGGUGGACACACCCGGGUGGCAUGGGCGAUACUGCACUGAGGAUACUCCUGAAGAAGUAAGACUUCAGAUUACCCAAGGUGCAUCUCUUUGUGCUCCAGAGCCGCACGCUGUCCUCGUGGUCGUACGCAGUGACGAAACAUUCACAGAGACAGACAGGUCAAGAGCAGAAGAACAACUGAAUCUGAUUGGCUGGUCAGUCUGGAGUCAAGCUAUAGUGUUAUUCACCUGGGGAGACAAGCUUGGAGACACAACCAUCGAACAUCACAUCGAGAGAUGGCCUGCCCUUCUGUGGCUUGUUGAAAAAUGUGGUGACAGGUACCAUGUCUUUGAUAACACAAGCACGGCUGGAGGCCCUCAGGUCAAAGAACUUCUGGAGAAAAUUGAGGAGACAGUGGUGGGAAACGAUGGUGGACACUGGCUCAAAAUGUACUGGGAGCUCGGGGAGAGCAACAAGAAGUUGACAAAAAGCUCUGAGGAGAUUGGGAGAAGACUAGAGAAGGUAGAGAAGGAGAAUAACAAGCUUAAAAGUAUGAUUGAAGAGAAAGAGAGGAAAGUAGAGAAAAUACAUAAGAGAUAUGAGGAGAAUGAUGGAAUGUUGAAAGAGAUGGAGCAGAGAAGCACAAUGAGAGAAAAGGAGACAGAAGAGAGACAUAUGGAGUAUGAGCGAGAGAAAGAGGCCCUCAAACAAAUGUGUGUGGAGAACGACAGAGUAUUGGAUCAGAUGGAGAAGAAGCAUAAAACAGAAAGUAAAGAACUGAGAGACAAGAUAGAAAACCUGGAAAAGAGAACGUUUGAAAAAGAAGAGGAGUUGAAUGCCACAAUAGCUGAUUUACAGAAGGAGUUACAAGAGAAUAAACAUAUGAAUGAAAUGAAAGAAAGGCAGGUUUCAAAGCUUGAGAGAAAGGUAACAGAGAUUAAGCAUCAGAAUAACGUGAGUGAAGAAGACAUGAUCAACCAUCUGAAGAUUAAGGAGGAUCGAAUGCAACUACACAGAGAGGAAUCUACAGCACCUGCAGACAUGGUGGACACAUCUUAUCUAAGUGAGUGCGUGAAUUGGCUCCAUUUCAGAUCUCAUUUAGCUAUAAAUGUAGUUAAAUAAUGUAAAACAUGGUGAUUGUUAAUGCUAAAUCAUAAUGCAUGCGCUCUCUUUUACAGAGACUCAACAUAGACAUUUGAGAAAGACACAGAUGUUGUCACAGAAGGAAGACGAGAGGCAGAGGGACACAGCAGGACGAGAGCAGAGUGUUGGAGAUGAACAGGGAGUAGCACCAUGGCUGAAGGUUGGGGCAGCAGUACUGGGGGCAGUGGUUGGGGCCAUGGCUUGCUCUGUGAGGGCACCACUAAGGGCAGCCACAGGGACAACUAUAGGGGCUGCAGCAGGGUCUCUACUGGGGAGUUUACUGAUACGAGGUGAAGAGGCCAGAGAGAAGAAAAUGGAGUCUGAUUCCCCUGAUUAG